AUGGCUGCUAUCCACAAGGGGGACUACAACUUCUCAGAGCGGCGACAGCAGUUCGAGCAAAGCAAACCCACUGGCGGUCUGCGGUCCUUCCUCCAUAGGCGCAAUAAUUCCGACGGCGUCAACCUCCUUCCUUCUCCACUCCCUACUCCUGCGCAGAGCAAUCAGGAACACGAAGGAAGCAACAGUGGCGACUCUGUUAAUUCAACCGCCAUGGCGUUUCCAAACCUGGCAAUUGACACCCAAAGUUCCGAGUCACGACGCUCACCAACCAGGGCAGGCCGAGAAGGCAUCAACACCACCACCAACGACGACAGACUGCAACCCCCAGCGUCACCCACCAAGAGCGGGCUGGGUACUUUCUCUGCGAGGUUUUCCAGGGACAAAGGUGCCAGGGACGCUUCGCCACCCAAGAAGACUAGGUCUUCAACCAACAUUGUCGGCCUGCUGUCUCGCCCAAGGUCGAACAAGAACUUGAAAUUGGACUUGGACCAGCAAGUCAAGAACAAGGAAAACAGGAAGCCUUCAGACCCAAGCGCAGCUGACUUCCCUCAAACUCCAAUCUUCGCCCAGAUGCGCAGCAGAGGCUUUGGCCAGGCCGUUUCGGUCCCCAGUUCCCCCUACGAAGCGCCUGCCGACCCCUUCACCUCGGCCAGCCUCUUGAACCUCAACAACUCGCUUCGUCCGUCUCAUUCCAAUGUCGUGCCUGGCCAGAAGCAGAGACCUAAGUCGUUUCAGCCUCAGUACCUGCCCAAGACCGACACCGCCCAGACGGACGACAGAAGGGAAAGCCGUGGACGAACGAGACUUGACGAGUCUAACGAUAUCAACCGCGAUUCGACACGGGCCAAAGGAAGAUCCAAAUCGCGCAACAGGGUCUUGUCGGCCCUGACAAGCAGAGGGCGCAAAUCAAAAUCACCUUCGCCGCCAACCCAGGAUCUGAGCGAGCCCUAUAUCGACCCCAAAGAUAUCGACAAGCACUUAGAAGCAAUGCUAGAUCGUCGGAACAUCCCGGAGAACCAGCGACACAAGAUGCGGAGUCUGACAGAUACGAUCAAGAUGGAGUUCAUCAGACAGGACUGGGCGGAAAAUGAGGGAAAGAAUCUUGUCCGGCCACAGACCAACGAUAGCGAUGAUUCCGCAUUGGGCAACGGCAAUGCAUCUGUACGCGACAAUGAAAAGAAGACAUCUCGUGGCAGGAGUUUCACGCUUUCACGAAACAGCUGGAAAAUCAGCACCUCGCCGUCCAAGGGCAAGAAGAAGGAUGCGUCCGUCAGAGGACACACCAGAAAUAAGUCUGCGGACAGUGUAGUCAGUGAAAGGCCAUCAUCUUCGGGCGCCUCGCAUGCUGGAACUGGAAUCAUGGCGAAGAUUACUGGUCAGCAACCCUCUGAUUUUGUGAAUUAUCUUCGCAAGGUUCAAAAGCCAGAGUCUGUAGAGGUCGGCAAACUUCACAAACUGCGCCUGUUGCUCCGGAACGAGCGGGUCGCAUGGACCGAAGAUUUUGUGAAGCAGGGUGGUAUGCAGGAAAUCGUUGGUUUACUGCACCGAAUCAUGGAGGUCGAGUGGAGGGAGGAACACGAAGAUGCUCUACUCCACGAGAACCUGCUCUGUCUGAAGGCACUAUGCACUACCGCUUUGGCGUUGCAGUACCUCCAUUCUAUUCAAGGCUCACUCUUCCCUGCUCUUAUCGGCAUGUUGUUUGACCCGGAGAAGAAAGGCCCUAGCGAAUUCACCACACGAAAUAUAAUUACCUCGGUGCUUUUCACAUACAUACAAAGCGGCACCCCUCAGGAGCGGGUCAUAAGGGCCAAGACUGUUUUGACUUACCUCCGCGACCCACAGGGAAAGGAAGAAGAUCGGCCGGUUGAUUUUGUUCUCGGAAUGAGGCGCGAGCGGCCCUACCGCGUAUGGAACAAGGAAGUGGUAAACGUCACGAAGGAAGUCUUCUGGAUCUUCCUCCACCAACUGAACGUCGUUGCCUUGCCACCAGGACACAAGUCGUCCGAGGACAUCCGGACUUCAGCCAACAAAGAUGGCACAAUCACACCUUCCAAGACCGAACAAGGGACAAGCGCAACAGCCAGCACGGAGCCAUAUGCCUAUAUGACCCGUCACUUCCCACAGGAGCGGCCUCCUGUCCCCGCUGCACCAUACGUCGGUGGCGUCGAGUGGGAUGCCACGAACUACCUAGCAUCACACCUGGACAUUGUCAACGCCAUUCUAGCAUGUACGGCGACACAAAAUGAAAGAAAUUCCCUGCGUGAGCAGUUACGCAUCUCCGGUUGGGAGCGUUGCCUUGGAGGCAGCCUGCGACUCUGUAAAGAGAAGUUCUAUCCCGCUGUACACGAUGCCCUCCGCAACUGGGUUGCAGCAGCGGCGGACGACGGCUGGGACGUGAGAGACGUACGAUUCGGCCCGCCUGCUGAGUCACGCAGCUCAUCGCCCAAGAAGCCUGCUGCUGGAGCCCCCGCAGGGGGGAAGAAAUUGCUCGAGGAGCCUCCACCGCGGCUGGAGAUGCCAAAGUUGGACUUUGUCCUAGACGGGCCACUAUCCGCUGCCCCUUAG